UGCCUGGAGACGGCGGAAACGUUUGGAAGCCGCGAUGGAGAAGUAUGAGAAAAUCAAAGUGGUCGGAAGAGGAGCUUUUGGGAUCGUUCACCUGUGCCGCAAGCGCAGUGACGGGGCCUUUGUCAUCCUGAAGGAGAUCCCAGUAGAGCAGAUGUCACGAGACGAACGUCUGGCGGCUCAGAACGAGUGUCAGGUCCUAAAACUGCUCAACCAUCCAAAUAUUAUAGAGUACUAUGAGAACUUCCUGGAAGACAAGGCCCUCAUGAUAGCUAUGGAGUAUGCACCAGGUGGAACCCUAGCUGAUUACAUACAGAAGCGCUGUAACUCUCUGUUGGACGAGGACACUAUUCUUCACUUCUUUGUACAGAUCUUACUGGCUCUGUAUCACGUACACAACAAACUCAUCUUGCACAGAGACCUUAAGACACAGAAUAUUCUUCUUGACAAGCACCAGAUGAUCGUCAAAAUUGGUGACUUUGGCAUCUCCAAAAUCCUUGUCAGCAAGAGCAAAGCUUACACGGUAGUCGGUACACCUUGUUACAUCUCCCCAGAGCUGUGUGAGGGAAAGCCGUAUAACCAGAAGAGUGACAUCUGGGCUUUGGGCUGUGUGCUCUAUGAGCUAGCGAGUCUUAAGAGAGCCUUCGAGGCUGCUAAUCUACCUGCGCUUGUUCUUAAGAUCAUGAGCGGAACGUUCGCUCCGAUUUCAGACCGGUACAGCCCAGAACUUCGACAUCUCAUCCUCAACAUGCUCAAUCUGGAUCCGUCCAAACGACCUCAACUCAAUGAGAUUAUGGCUCUUCCCGUAUGCAUCAGGCCCCUGCUUAAUCUCUACACAGAUAUAGGCAAUGUCAAAAUGCGCAGGAUUGAGAAACCCCUGUCAACUGUGCAAACUGGUCCUCAAGGUAGAGGGGGGAGAGUUCCUUCAAACAGAUCCAGAGAUGGAUCAGUCGGUUUAGGAUCAGGGAAGGUGCAUUCUCUACCACUGUCAGCGGUGUACACGUGGGGAAGUGGGAUCUCAGCGCCUCUCCGCCUGCCGAUGCUCAACACUGAGGUGCUUCAAGUGUCUCUGGGCCGCACUCAGAAGAUGGGAGUGACUAAGUCUGGUCGUCUGAUUACAUGGGAGGCUCCAUCAGUGGGCUCAGGUGAGGCCAGUCUGCCUGGUGUGGUGGAGCAGAUUCAGCCUCAGUUCAUUUCACGUUUCCUUGAGGGUCAGUCUGGAGUCACCAUCAAGUCUGUGUCCUGUGGCGAUCUUUUCACCACCUGCAUGACAGACAGAGGAAUUAUCAUGACGUUUGGAAGUGGGAGUAAUGGCUGUUUAGGACACGGUAACUUCACUGAUGUCACACAGCCCAAGAUAGUCGAAGCCCUCCUCGGCUACGAGCUGGUUCAGCUGUCAUGUGGUGCUUCCCACGUACUUGCUGUGACCAAUGAAAAAGAAGUAUUUGCUUGGGGAAGAGGAGACAAUGGUCGCCUCGGGCUUGGCACCCAAGACACUCACAACUCUCCACAGCAGGUGUGUUUACCUGGGGAAUUUGAGGCCCAGAGGGUGGUGUGUGGAGUCGACUGCUCCAUAAUUAUUAGCACCCAGUACAGUAUUCUGGCAAGUGGAAGUAACAGGUUCAACAAGCUUGGGCUGGAUAAGAUAGCAGCAGGAGAUGAACCAAAUCCAUCCAAUCAGGUGGAAGAAGUCCAUUCCUACUCUCCUGUCCAAUCUGCCCCACUCAACAGUGAGAAGAUUGUUCACAUUGACAUCGGCACAUCACAUUCUGUCGCUGUAACAGAGAGAGGUCAGUGUUUCACUUUAGGCAGCAACCAGCAUGGUCAGAUGGGCUGUAGUUCCCGCCGUAGCAGCCGUGUUCCCUACCCGGUGCACGGGCUGCAGAGCAUCUCCAUGGCUGCCUGUGGAGACGCUUUCUCCUUAGCUAUUGGAUCUGAUGGAGACGUGUACACCUGGGGAAAGGGGGCCCGAGGCCGCCUCGGAAGAAAAGAAGAGGAUUCUGGGAUACCUAAGGCGGUGCAGCUUGACGAGAGUCACCCCUUCACUGUGACAUCGGUGGCUUGUUGUCAUGGCAACACUUUGCUGGCAGUGAAACCUUUGCUUGAAGAACCUGUUCUUAGAUGAUACUGUCCUUAAAACAAACCCUCACCCACUCAUCGGCCGUCUUGAGGCCCAGCUGCGGCAUGAGGUGAAACUUCCUCUGGAUAGAACUCUUCCCAGAGGCGCAUCUGUGCUGAAGUUGAAAGAUUUCCUUUCACACUGCAGCUGUGCCCUCAAAUUCUCACUUGGUGUUCCUCUCCCUGUCUAUUUUUUUUUUUUCCAAGAAGAAAUGUUUGUUUCAUUCGGCGGUUUGAUAUAUUGCAGCCCAAGCACAGAAAAGGUUCAACCUGUGUGGCUCAGCAGGUGUAUCUCAUCAUCCGGUUGGUUAAAAGAAUGUUGCAACAGCGUUGCUGAAGAUGGGUUACAGGAAGUCAUUAGGCAGCGUUCACGUGGCAAGCCAUUGUGCUUACUCAUGUGCAGAGUAACUAUGAUAAAGGCCACUGAAAGUGGAACUGGUUUGAGCUCUCUUAAGCCACUGGUGAAUGAGAUGACACAAUGCAGAGAGACAAAAAGAAGGAAAGGCACUUGAACGCCAUUAGUCGAGUGACCCUAACACAAUAAUCUCGAGCAACUCAUCAGCUCUCACAUUGUGCUUUAUUGGAUUAGUCCUCCAGUGCAUUUUUAACUCAGCAGCAACGUUCACAACAGAUAACGAUGUGUUUUCCAGAGUUCGACUGAUCAACGUCUUAAAGUCUUAAUGAAUGUGUCCGAAACGUUUUUCUUGUUCUCUUGUUCACUCUAUUGAACCCUCAAUGGUUCAUGUAUGAAUCCUCUCUUUUUUUUUCUUCUUUUUUUUAAGGUAAUUUGGGCAAUUGUAUUAUUAGGAGGAAGUAGUGUAAAAAGUAGUGUAAAAUAAGAUAAGAUAUAACUUUAUUUAUCUUGAGGGAACUGUUUGUACAGCAGUUGCAGUGCGCAGUAAGAAAGAGUGCAACUAUGAAUGGAAAAAAAGAAUAAAAAGAUUAAUAAACCGAAUCUCAAGUAUAGGCAAUGAAAAAGAUUAUGUAAUGAUCGUAAGCUUCUACUCUACUUGGGGAACUAUUUUUGGGGCAUAAAUGGCACACUCUGACACUUACAAAACCGUAAGCAGAAACGUGCGCUAUACAAUAAAUGUGUGAUUUUAUACACAGGCAUGUUUCAAACAUUUCAAAUGAGAUGGAACAUUGUGUAAACUGUUUUCAUAAUAUGAAACUAUGGUGUAAGUCAGUAAGUAAAAAUACUUAAAUAUUUACAUUCUAAUAUAGAGGUAAAAUGACCGACUGUAAAGAAAUAUUUGUAUUUUUUUGUUUUGUUAUAUUUACAUUCCUUAUGUUAAAGUUUUGAUUGUCACCCUCAAAAAUAUUCAUUGUUACAGAUGUCUGUCGGUUUCUGGGUAACUAAAAGCAGUUUUUAAACCGUUUAAAACAUGCAAACUAUUGCAGAGAAGGUAACGUUUCCCAUGGCUGCCACCUGGAAUAUAUAUAUAUAUAUA